UUCAUUCAUUCGACAAUCUACUCUCAGCCAUGUUACCAGCACAAAAGAUCAGCACAUCAUGCUUGAGGACUAUAUCAAGAGGUUUUUCAACGAGUACCAUUCUUGGAUCAAAGUCUCAAUCUGGAUAUAAUUUUGAUCUAACUGAUACACAGCAAGAGAUAUUCGAAACUGCGAGAAAAUUUGCGAAGGAUGAAAUUAUACCAGUAGCAGCCCAUCACGAUGAGACUGGUACUCACCCUACAGAGCUAGUGAAAAAAGCAUGGUCGUUAGGCCUCAUGAACGGCGGUAUUCCAGAAUACCUUGGUGGAAUGAAUCAGAGCGUAUUUGAUGGUUGUUUGCUUAACGAAGCAUUGUCUUGGGGAUGUGCAGGGAUCACCACUGCAAUACUUGGAUCAGGACUGGGGCAAGAACCUGUGAUCAUAGCUGGAAAUAAAGAACAACAGAAGAAAUAUCUGGGUCGGCUUCUAGAAGAGCCAUUGUUGUGUGCUUAUGCGGUGACUGAGCCAGGAGCAGGCUCAGAUGUGAAUGGGUUGACAACGAGAGCAGAAAAGAAAGGUGAUGAGUAUAUAUUGAAUGGUCAAAAAAUGUGGAUUACAAAUGGAGGUGUGGCUAACUGGUAUUUUGUAUUGGCUCGAACCAAUCCAGAUCCGAAAGCGCCAGCUAGUAAAGCGUUCACAGGUUUCAUCGUAGAUAGGGAUGCACCUGGAGUUCAGCCUGGAAGAAAAGAAAACAUGAUGGGUCAAAGAGCAUCAGAUACACGAGGAAUCACAUUCGAAGAUGUUCGAGUUCCAAAAGAGAAUGUAUUACUUGGCGAAGGCGCAGGUUUCAAAAUUUCUAUGGCAGUUUUUGACAAAACCAGACCACCGGUUGGAUCCGGCGCCGUCGGAUUAGCUCAGCGUUGCCUUGAUGAGGCGACCAAGUAUUCUCUAGAAAGAAAAACGUUCGGUGUUUCCAUAGCUCAGCAUCAAGCAGUAGCAUUUCUGCUAGCAGACAUGGCCAUAGGGAUAGAAACUGCGAGGUUGGCAUGGAUGAAGUCUGCUUGGCAGAUCGAUCAGGGCAAGAAGAAUUCCUACAUGGCUGCCAUUGCCAAAGCACAUGGAUCAGAUAUAGCGAACAAAUGUGCAACAGAGGCUGUUCAAAUUUUUGGAGGAAAUGGAUAUAACAAAGAAUACCCUGUAGAGAAGUUGAUGAGAGAUGCUAAGAUUUUCCAGAUAUUCGAAGGGACAUCGCAAAUUCAGAGACUCAUUAUUUCAAGAUCAGUAUUCGAAGAAGUGAAAUCGAAUCCUCCGCUAUAAUUUUAUAUCUAUUGCUGACAUCUAAAAAUUGUCUAAUGACCAGAAUGAAAGAUUUCCAACCUGUUCUAG